AAGGGGAAGCCGGAAAUGGCCCUGGCACUUCCGGUACGGGAGACUUCUCGCUGCCGCUCUGACCCGGCUUGACAGGCGCGGUCCCUGCAAGUAGCUCUCUCCUCGUUCGCUUUCCUCCUGUCUCACCUUCAAACUCGCGUGCAACCGUCGUCGUCGUCCCUCAACCGCUGUCUCCGAAGUCGCCCCUUCCCCAUGUUCCGGGGCCGGAGUCCUGAAAGCGAAGACCCGCCCGCCGGUAUCCCAUCAUGUCCGAACUGACUAAAGAGCUGGUGGAGCUGGUGUGGGGCACCAAGAGCAGCCCCGGUCUCUCUGACACCAUCUUCUGCCGCUGGACGCAAGGGUUUGUGUUUAGUGAAUCAGAGGGAUCUGCAUUAGAACAGUUUGAAGGUGGCCCCUGUGCUGUUAUUGCACCUGUUCAGGCAUUUCUUUUGAAGAAACUCCUAUUUUCUUCUGAGAAGUCUUCUUGGCGUGAUUGUCCAGAGGAAGAGCAGAAGGAACUCCUUUGUCAUACCUUAUGUGAUAUUUUAGAAAGUGCUUGUUGUGACAACUCUGGAUCAUACUGCUUGGUUUCAUGGUUAAGAGGAAAGACAACUGAGGAAACUGCUAGUAUUUCUGGGAGCCCUGCAGAGUCUAGUUGCCAAGUGGAACAUUCUUCUGCCUUGGCUGUCGAAGAGCUUGGCUUUGAGCGAUUUCAUGCAUUAAUUCAAAAAAGAUCAUUCAGAAGCUUAUCAGAAUUAAAAGAUGCUGUCUUGGACCAGUAUUCAAUGUGGGGAAACAAAUUUGGAGUAUUGCUUUUUCUGUAUUCUGUGUUACUGACAAAGGGCAUUGAAAACAUAAAAAAUGAAAUUGAAGAUGCAAGCGAACCUUUGAUAGAUCCUGUAUAUGGACAUGGCAGCCAAAGUUUAAUUAACCUCCUGCUGACAGGACAUGCUGUUUCUAAUGUAUGGGAUGGUGACAGAGAAUGCUCAGGAAUGAAACUUCUUGGUAUACAUGAACAAGCAUCUGUAGGAUUCUUAACACUAAUGGAAGCUUUACGAUAUUGUAAGGUUGGUUCUUACUUGAAAUCUCCAAAAUUCCCUAUUUGGAUUGUUGGCAGUGAAACUCACCUCACCGUAUUUUUUGCCAAGGAUAUGGCUUUAGUUGCCCCUGAAGCACCUUCAGAACAAGCCAGGAGAGUUUUCCAAACCUAUGACCCAGAAGAUAAUGGAUUCAUACCCGAUUCACUUCUAGAAGAUGUGAUGAAGGCAUUGGACCUUGUUUCAGAUCCUGAAUAUAUAAAUCUCAUGAAGAAUAAAUUAGAUCCAGAAGGAUUAGGAAUCAUAUUAUUGGGUCCAUUUCUUCAAGAAUUUUUUCCUGAUCAGGGCUCCAGUGGUCCAGAAUCUUUUACUGUCUACCACUACAAUGGAUUGAAGCAAUCAAAUUAUAAUGAAAAGGUCAUGUAUGUAGAAGGGACUGCAGUUGUUAUGGGUUUUGAAGAUCCCAUGCUGCAGACAGAUGACACUCCUAUUAAACGCUGUCUCCAAACCAAAUGGCCAUACAUCGAACUACUCUGGACCACAGACCGCUCUCCUUCACUAAACUAAUUUGCCUAAAUAUUUAUAAGGAAGAUCGUAAUAACAGAUGUUGAAAGAGGGAUUCAAGACUGGCAAUUGGCUAAAUAAGCUUAACACUAGCAUCAUUGAUUAACUGUAAAUAACAGAAACACAUUUUCAGUGUUUAAGAUACAUUAAAUUAUUCUAAAGUUUUAUGUUAAAGAUUAUCCUGUUUUAACCCUUUGUGUGAAAUUUACUAGCAAAAUUAAGCUUUCAAAGUUCAUCACUUUUGCAGUCAAGUAAUUGGUGAUUUACUUAUCAAGUUACAGACCUAAUACUAUAGAAUUUGUAUAUUGAGUAUCAAAGUUAUUUAUAAACUUCUACUUAGGGGUUUAAUUUUAUUCAGGCAUAUUUUGCUGUUUGAAUGAUUCUGACCUGUAACGUAUCAACCUCCACAUUGAAAUUCAGAAGAGUUAAUUUUUGUUAUUUCUUUUCUGAAAUUUGUUUUUUGUUAGAAAUAUUGAUAAAUAACAAAUUGUCAGCCCAGAUCCUUUGAGAAUUGACUUAACUCUGGCAUGUUUACAACAGUAGAAGCUCUAAGAGAACAUUACCAUUUAUUUCACAGGCAUAUAGGGAAUGUAUUUUAUAAAAUGAUAGAAAAGAGAAUCUGAUAGUCUUAACACUGUUAACUUUUACUGUAUUGCCAAAUACACUUUUCCAAAUUUGUCCUAACAGCCCUGUAAGCCAGCUUUCUUUUAUAUUUAUAAAUGUGAUAAAUGCAUGAGAGCAUCUGUUAUUACAUUAGUAUAUUGAAUUAUUUAUUAUGAUCCUAGUUCAUGGCCUAAAUAAACACUUUUUUCUUUAACUGUA